GGUUAGGUUGUAUCCACGUGUGUUACAGUGUAGUUAUUUUACGUGUCUCUGGUACAGUGUACAUAAACAUCUCUCAUUCAUUCCGUUAAUUUGAUCGAUUCGCUCGACUUGAUUCGUGAUCACGUAGACAAAGAAAGUAACAAAGACAGGUUUGAUCGUCAAAACGGACAGGAUGGCGGCGGCACAGGAGGUCAACAAGAAGAAACGAAAGAACAAACGUUCUCACGCGCAAAUGACGAAGAAAUUCGCCCGUCAGAGGAACCCGGGCAACAGCAACCUGGACCAGGACACCUAUCAGUACAUGAUUCGCAUCCUCGAGUUGAUACGCAACAACUCGUCCGCGUCCGAGGAGAGGACGAUGCUCGCGCAGAACGUCUACCAGGAGAUAGCCGGUCAUGAGAUCGAUUGCGCCUGCAACCAGGUUGGAUCCCUCGUUCUGGACCUUCUGCUGAGGCACGCCGACUUGGAGGCCAUUCAGAGGCUCACCCGGGCGUUCGAGUCCUCCCUGAGGCGAUUGAGCAGCGACAGAUUCGCCAGUCACAUCUUACAGAAGAUACUGACAGUCUGCGCCGACAGAGGCAACAGGGCCGCUAUGUCGAGCACGAAGAGUGCCGGUGAAACGAGCACAAACGAGGAUUCGGCAGACGCUGCCGAUGCUGUCGUAGACGUUAAGCCGUCCGAGGCACAGUCGUACAACGAUAUCGUUCUGAAGCUGAGCAGAUACGUUCUCAACAACAGCGAAGAGUUUGUGUUUGACACCUAUGCCAAUCAUGUGUUGCGAACGGUCAUAGAAUGCCUGGCAGGAUUGAUCGAGGAGCCCAACGAAGGUAAGAAGAAGUCUACCAUGCCGGAUCUCGCGAGGAGACGUCCCGUGGUGCAGGACUACAGGGAUCUGCUGAUACAGAGUUGCGACCGAUUGCAGAAAUGGCCGCAAUUCUGUCAGUUCGGACGGGAGCAACUGACCUCCGGCCUGGUGCAGUGUGUCUUGUACUCGCUGAAGGAUGUCGAUUCGGACUUAUUGAAGACUGUCAUCAAGAAGAUCACAAGGAAAUGUUUCAAGACGGAAGACGGCGAGAAGCUGCCGAGCAUAUUUGAUUCGCAAUACUCUGUCAGGAUACUAGAAGCUUGUCUGGCGGUGGCGCAGCCGGAAACCUUCAAGAAAUUGUAUGAAAACUUUUUCGCCGAAAACUUGGCGCACCUCUGCUCGACGCGAGACACCAACUUCAGUGUGCAAAAGCUGUUGGAUUAUUGCGUCACCAACGAAAUCUUCGAAGAGAUAUUCGACAAAGUGUCGGAGCACUUUCCGAAAAUUCUCAAGCAAGGCUUCACCGGGAUAUUAGUCAGCAUCGGAAACGCGUGCUUGAGACUGCAGGCAAAGCAGGGUCCGUUUGUCAACGCGAUGACCGAGCUGCUGAAAUGCGACGCGGUCGCGGACAGUCAAGCGCAGCUUGUACGAUGUAUGGUGACUCUGAAGAAGCCAUCUCAACUGAAGGUCGAGUCAGAUGGUCCGCAGCCACCUCUCCACUUGCACGGAAGUCUGAUAAUACAAGCCAUAUUGAAAUUCAACAAACCCAUCAAAGUUGUGAACUCCUUAUUGGAGAUGAAUAACGAGGAGUUGCUGCAGCUACUUGGUGAUCCGAAGGGCAGUCGAAUCCUGGACGCUUUCAUGGACAGCAAGUACGUCGGCGAGAAGAGCAGGGAGAAACUGUGCAGAAAGUUGUACGGCACCUGGGCGGAACUGGCCAAGAGCACGCACGGAUCUAGGUGCGUGGAUAAGAUGUGGGCGUGGGCGCAGAUGAAUAAAAAAAUUCUCAUCAUGGAGGAGCUGGCCGCGGCUGGGCAGUCCCUAGGCUCCACGAAAUCGGGCAGGAUCAUUUCCGCGAAGCUGAACGUCCCCCUGUUCGCGAGAGACAAGAAGGAGUGGUCGCAGUCGCAAGGGAAGGAGGAGAAGACCAAAGCAAUGUUCGCCGAUAUUAUUGGAAAGACCUCCGAGAAGUGAAAUAUAGUGCCUCGUAAUGAUAAAUAAUUGCAAGCACUGGAUUCAAACCAGCCGAUGCGUACAUGGACGGCCAAAGUAUACCGGAUUAAAUCGUACAUCCACGGAUUCAGCGCGAGAAAUUGUAUGCGAAGGAUAAUUUUAAGGACGAGAUUAUACACAUUACAGACGAACAGUUUCGAGCUCCUCUUAUAAUUCUCUGAAAUGCAGCGUUAUUUAAUCGGUUCUUGGUCCAAGCGAUUCUUUCCACCAAAGCCUAAAUUAUUUCGUAUAUAAAGAAGUGGAUUUCGUAAGGAAUUUAUCACCGCGUAACCUUACCGAAUUUUUUAAUGCGCAGAAAUAGGCCCGAUAACACGAGAUGAGACAAGAAUCAACGAGGCUACACGUAUAUAUAUACACAUACUUUUUAUCACUUCAUCUGAAAUAAUUGAAUGUAAUUCGCGGAAUAAUUGAACGUACGUGCGUGAUCGCGUGUCGCGUAUCACGCGUAAGUAUCGCAUGACUAUCGAGCUCCGCAUCUCGCGUGUAUAUCAUAACGGGUUUACGCUGCGAGAGAGAUUCAGGAAGGGAGCGGCAAAAUCGUAGCGCUUUUUUUUCCGCCGGAGCUCCUCUCUCUCUCUCUCUCUCUCUCUCUCUCUCUCUCUCUCUCGUCCGUGAAUCGUUCAUCCAUCUUGGAACAGACUGGCAUGCUCUCACCGACGAUCGGAAAGUAGCCUGGGAAAUUAAAACAACCUGCCAGCCGGUCAGCCUUGCCUCUGUUGAUUUUACCGUGUCCUCCCGCGCUUCCGCGUCGCGUUCGCUGUACGGGAGAAUGUCCCGGACCUGACACGCAAUUUCUCACGCAGAUUCCGGGACGUGUUUAAAAUCGAUUUCUCCCUCGUAACGAUCUGACGAGACGCUUGUAAUUCUUGCAUUAUUCAACGUCGAACGUAACAGAGGAUGUACAGCUUCCAACUGAUGAAAUGAAAAUAUCGUUUGCUAUAAUUUAUAAGUUUAUAAUUGUAUAACAUUUAUAUAUUAUUUCGCACGAUUUAUGUACGUCGCCGUAAUAAUUAUUUAUUUCACAGUCAUAUUGGGUAAAAUUGAAGCUCUCCACAAAGAAAUAAGCGCCACAAAGCGACGGAUGUACUUGCCGUAAUCGCUGAUUUGGAAAAUGAAUUCUAUAAUCUGGGAAACUGACAUCUGACGUUAUACCAGCCGCUUAAAGCUCGGUUUAAAAUUAUAACUAAUGAAUAAUUAAUCAUUACUUCAUUGCGAGAUAUGAAUGUCUAAAUCCAGGCACUGUGCUACAUGCAUUUCAAAAUUACUUAAAUUAUUUUAAUGUACGAUUUUAACAGGAGAAAUUAAAAAUUUGCUUCACAAAAAUGUGAUGGCCAAAAUCUACAAAAUUUAUAAAGUUUUAAUUAAAAAUCUAAAUUUUUCAAUUGAAAUUAAUCUGUUUACUCCAAAAAGAAAGAACACUAAAAAAAUUUAAUUUUACAUACAACACCCACCAUCAAUAUUCACGAUAAUUUAUUCCGCAGACUUUAAAGGGAAGAAGAAAAGGAAAGAGAUCUUUCUUUAGAGGGGAAGGAAAAUAUAAAAAUACAUACAUCCCCUCGUGCGUGACUUUGCGGUGACUCGUCUAUUAUCUUGAACGGCAUACUUUGUGGCUCCAUGCUGGCCACAAUGUCGCGGGGAAGCGAACGCGUGAAAGGAUUUCGGGGGGCGCGGUUGCACUUGCCCGAGCGCAGUAGUGCAUACAAAUUUAUGGGCCGGCGCGCGACCGAAGCGA